UUCAGACACAAGCCACACACUCUUGCAACGAAUUCAACACAAUCAAAGAGUGAGCCAACCAUGUGCCUGUCUGUCAGCUGCCUGUUGUCCUUGCUGCUGUGCCUCGUCCUGCCCGCAUUCAAUGGCCAUGCAGCGGCAGCAACACGUGCUCGAGUCAGCUCCUCGACGACAAUGACGCGGAACAUUGAGGAAGAGAAUGCACUAUUAAACCUCUUGGCUGGUCCGCCCGUUCUCUCGGAAUCCAUAAUUGGCACCCUUGGACGUCUGCCCUGUAAUGUGACCCCGCCCAUCUAUGAGGAUCGUGUGGCUCUGGUCAUUUGGUAUAAGGUUGGGCUGAAAACUCCCAUCUACAGUGUCGAUACACGCGACUCGAAUUUUGCACAGGGGACACACUGGUCGGACGAAACGUAUCGGGAGCGGUUGUCCUUUCACGUGGAAGGACGUGCCGGCACGCUGACCAUCAAGUCAACAUCUGAGGACGACACGGGCGAAUAUCGCUGUCGUGUCGACUUUCAAAAGAGCCCAACACGCAACUCCAAAGUGAAUUUAACUGUCAUAACUCCGCCCGAGUCAAUCAUCGUGCUGGACAGCAAGGGUGCCACCAUCAUGGAUCACACACUGGGACCCUACAAUGAGGGCUCCAGCGUGAAUGUCACGUGCGUGGCCAUUGGCGGUCGACCACAACCGAGAGUUACCUGGUGGCAUGGCAAUACAAUGUUCAACAGCUCUGGUCUGGGCAAUCCGCUCUCGGAGCGACGUGUGGGCAAUGUGCUAUCAUUGCCCAAGCUGAAGCGCAAGAAUCUUCACAUGCAGCUGACGUGUCGGGCGGAGAAUAAUAAUUUGACAACGCCAAUUAUCAGCAGCAUCGUUCUCGACAUGAACUUGCGUCCGCUGAUUGUUAAGCUGCAGGGAGAGAAUCGUCCGCUUUCGGCGGAGAACUCUUAUCAGCUCAGUUGCGUUGUCAUCGGCUCACGUCCGGCACCAACGGUUACCUGGUGGAAGGGCAGCACGCCCAUGAAGAAUACCCAUGAGAUUGCCAAUCCGGAUGGUAAUAUGACCACAUCGGUACUGACAUUCACGCCCACCAUCGACGAUCGCGGCAAGUUUCUAUCCUGCCGCGCCGAGCAGAGCAUGAUACCUGAAUCGGGAAUGGAGGAUGGAUGGAAGUUGGACAUCUAUCAUAUACCCGUUGUCAGUCUAGAACUGGGCACAAAUUCGUUGAAUGCAACACUGCGUGAGGGCGUCGAUGUCUUCUUUGAGUGCAACAUCAAAUCAAAUCCGUGGAUCUACAAAGUCAGCUGGCGACACAAUGGCGAAAUUCUGGAGAACAACCCCGCCGAGGGCAUAGUCGUGGCGAAUCAGAGCCUCGUCCUGCAAAAUGCGAGCAGAGCAAGGACCGGAAUUUACACCUGUGUUGGCAGCAAUCGAGAAGGCGACGGCGAGAGUAAUCCCGUCCAGUUGGACAUACGAUUUGCGCCCGUUUGUCGUGCCGGGCAGCGAACUACUUACAGUUCGGGACGCCAGGAGACCGUUAAAGUUGCAUGCGAAAUCGAUGCAAAUCCCGCGGAGGCAACAUACGUCUGGAAAUUCAAUGCAACUCAAGGCGAGGUUGCCGAUAUACCAGCAUCACUCGUGGCAGUCGACCGUGGACGCAGUGUUGCUCACUAUACACCCAUGAUGGAGAAUGACUAUGGCACGUUGUUGUGUUGGGCCAGCAACGAAAUUGGCGAUCAAAGUGAACCCUGCGUGUACACAAUAGCCCCAGCAGGCGAACCGGAUCCAUUGCUUAACUGUACGCUCCUCAAUCAGACAUCCUCGGGCUUCCAAAUCGAGUGCAUCGAAGGCUUCGAUGGCGGACUGCAGCAGGACUUCAUCAUGGAGGUUUAUGUGAACGGAACGACGCGUUAUCCAAAAAUUUACAAAUCAAAGAAGCCGUACUUUGAGGUAAGCGGUCUGGUGCCCGGUAUGGGCUACAAUGUCUUCCUCAUUGCACACAACAGCAAGGGACGGAGCAAUGCGACGAUAUUGCAGGUCUAUACGCUAAAGGAUCCCGAGAAGCAAACGGUUCAAAUAACAUUUACCAAGACCUACCAAGUUCUUAAGCCUGCUUAUGACAUAACAACGAAGACAAAGACACCAUCUGCAAUCGCAACUGCAACUGCAACAGACACAACAACAACAACAACAAAGCCAACAACAAGUGAUUGUGUUUGCGAGGAAGAUGAGUUUAUGAGCGUAGGCAACGGGGCGUAUGAUGAAGACCAAUCGCCUAUGGCCUAUACGCCCGCCAUCGAGGACAUCCGGCCAUUCCUUGGCAUUCUCGCCGGCAUUCUGGGCAGCAUUUUCCUGGUGGCCAUCAUCAUAGUUAUCGUGGUUCGCGUUCGUGGCUCGUCGGGCCGCGAUCGUAAUAAUUACUCGCAUCCGGGCAACGGGACCAGCAGCACGGCCAACGGCAAUGCGAACCUCGGCAUUCUCGGCAGCAACAACAAUGGCAGCCUGGGCAUCGGUACAUUGGCACACAAUGGGGGCCAAUCAGUGCAGGAUAUGCAUCGCAUUGGCCGGGAGACGUGUCAUGUGACGAGCAGCCUGGACAGCAUUGAUAAGAAUCCAGACAUAAUACCACAAGAUGGACAUGAUGUCGACGAUGAGUGGACAACAAAGGGUCACAAUCGUGCCUAUGCAACGGCUGCGUUGGCCGAACAGAAUGCGGUGAUUACAUCCACCACAUAUGAUCAUAUUAUGCCCACCUAUGCGGUGGUCGAUAAAAAGUCUGCUCCCCCAACGGCUCAUGGCCAGUAUAUACAGUAUAAUACGCUUAUACCAGUUAGCAAAAUGGGCGCUUAUGCCAAUCAACAGCAGCAUCAACAGCAGCAACCUCAACAGGCAACUGAGCUCAGCUAUAGCGAGCUGACUGCCCCACUGGUGGGCAGCGCCGUCGGCGUCCAGCGUUUGACGCCCUAUUGCAGCGCCACCUUGGGACGUCCGAGGCAGACGGAAUUAAAGCGAGCCGAGCCGAACAUCUACUCCCAGGUAAAUGUUAUGAUGGAUGAUGAAAUUUUGGCUGACUGGCAGGCGGCCACGGCAACCGGCAACAGCUAUGUGGCCGGCGCUGUGGUCGAUAAUGUGGGCGGGGCCGGCCCACUCUUCAUGCAAGGCUAUGCGACGCGUAUCGAUCUGGCACAUCAUCCAAUGUACUCAACGAGUCCCAUGUUUGGAACGAACAGCACCAUCACCGGUGUCACCAUGUCACAUCCAUCACAAUUGGCCACCUUCUCGCCGACGCCGCCGCCUCCUAUAUUUGCGCACAGCGUGGUCACCACUGGCGAUGGUCUGCUGCAGCCAGUGACGUGCAUGGGAGUGGUGGCCACAUCUUCGGCAGCGGCGGCGGCUGGCAAUGGGCCCGUCCAGCAGCAUGCAACGGCAACCGGCGUUGGCGUCGGCGUCGGCGGAAACGGAAGCAUUGUUGGCGUUAACGUCGGCGUCGGCGUUGGCAUGAGCCUUUAUGGCAGCGAUGUGGCCAAGCCACAACUUCUAAAGACCGUGCCCGAAGAGCUGCAUCAUCAACUAAAUGGCGAGGAAGUGCUCAUUACCCAGGAUCGCAAUCAUGGAACGGGAACGCGCUUUUGACGCUAAAUGAAAGACGAGCCAAUCAUAUAAGCCAGAAACAAAUCAAAAAGAAAUAAUAAGAAUAAAGUGAAAGAUAAGAUGAAGAGAAUGGAGAGGAAAGCGCAAAACGUAUCGGGGGAACCUAGUAAAAAUUGACUAUAACUUAUGUGAUGUGCGCGGAAAGAAUUUAAAUCUGAAAUCGAACUGUCGCCAAAGCAUUUAGGGGAAUUGGAGGAACUGAUAGCAAAGGGGGGGUUGGGAAGAAAACGAAUAGGUACUGAAAGUAUGUAGCACUUUUUAAAGCAGCAAAGAAAAUGCGCCAAAUAAUGUAAAAAAAUAUCUAACAAUAAACAAAGCAUGUGAAAUGUCUAAAGAAUGCAAACUAAACGCAGAGGCAAACAUGCUGACAAAACUAAAACGAAAUUUUCCGGUUAAUUUAAGCAUCCGUGUAAAAAAUUAUAUACUUACUUUUAGAGCUCUAAUUAAUAUUCAAUCCAUUUAAAUGAUAAUUAACUUAGCUGUACGAUGUGAACACUGAAUGAAUUGUUAAUGUAUUUUUAAAUAACAGCUUUAAGCGCCAUAAUCUAGAAAACUUUUAGCUAAGUAAAUGAAAAACUGUAAGGCAAAGUGAAAGUGAAAGGGAAAGUGGAAGUGAAAAUGUAAGUGAAAAUGAAAGAAGAACAAAUUGAUUAUUGUUGUUAAUUUAUGUUUGUGAGUAAAAAUCCCCAAAGGACAUUAACAUUUAGCUUGAUCUUAAGGCAUAAAUACAAUUUAUUACAAGUAAAUCAAAUUCGUCUAGUCCUAAGGCCCAUUAAGCAUAGCGUAAAAAGGAAAUGUAAUUACCAGAUUUGUUUACAUACUCAUAAAGGAAACAGAAAAAGGGCAUAAUGAAUUUAAAAGCAAGCUCAGAUAAGUGAACUUAAUAAUAAAUGGUUAACUUAACAGAAAUUAAUUCAAUUUAGCAACACAAUGUUUGCAUUUUAUACGUAACACGAAGAACAAAAACCGCCAAAGAUGGUGGCCCAAAAAAAA